AUGGAGCUGCGACAGCAGCAGCAGCAGCAGCAGCAGCAGCAGCAAGAGCAGCAGCAGCAACUUGCACACCAGCAGCUGGGUGAAUGGCUCAGCAGCAAAAACCCCACACUUGAUAGUCUAGAGGACAUCAUCUCAGGAAGGCAGCAGCAGCAGCAGCAGCAGCAGCAGCAGCAGCAUGAACAUCCAUGGCUGCAAACGGAGGCGCCGCUGCAGCAGCAGCAGCAGCAGCAGCAGCAUUUAUUUGAUUUACGCAAAUUCAAUCCUCAGAAGGGGCCCCCUAAAGAAGCCGCAGCUUUGCUGCUCGAUUCAUUAAGCGCAAGCUUCCUGCAGAUGCCUCGUGAGCCCCCGCUGCUGCCGCAGCAGCAGCAGCAGCUGCUGCAGAAACUGCAGCAGCAGCAGCAGCAGCAGCAGGAACACCAGCACCAGCACCAGCAGCACCUCCAACAGCAGCACGGUGCAGCUGGCGCUAUAGCAGCAACGCAGCCAGCAACAGCAGCAGCAGCAGCAGCACCAGCAGCAGCAGCAGCAGCAGCAGCAGCAGCAGCUGCAACAACAACAGCAGGUGAAGAAGCAGUGCCUACUUCAGGGUAUAUUAACGGAGUGUAUUAUACAGAAGAGCAGCUAGAUCUCGCGCUGCAGCAAAAGGAAGCAGAGAUGCAGCAGCAGCUGCAGCAGCAGCAGCAGAUGUUAGAAGAGAAGAUGCAGCAAAACGCACAGCAGCAAAUGCAGAGAUGCUCUCAAAUCAAAAUGCAAGACGUAGACAGUUUGUCUCCUGAGGAGCUGAGGGAGUGUCUGGUGUAUAGAGGCCUCCGUUGCGAAGGCGACUUGGAAGUACAGCGGACGCGGCUGAAGAUAUCUCUGCGUGAUGGUCUGGGCCCUCAAGAGCCAGACCCUGAGGCGGCUCAGCGGUUUAUUGCUGCAGUGCGAGAAAUACAGACACCCCUUUCUCAGCCUUCAGACGCAGCUGCAGUUAUCCGCCGUUGGCUCGCUCGAGCUGAAGUAGCAGCAGCAGUGUCUGAUCCUGGGGGAGUGUUUAAGUUUGAUCAGCAGCAAUCUUCAACCCGCCAUUUGUCUUCUCAUGAUAUUGCUGCAAUUGAAACAGAAAGAGCAGCAGAUAAACUGAUGCCGCUCACUCCUGCUGCUGCUGCACCUGCUGCUGCUGCUGCUGCUGCUCCUACGAAUGAGGGUGCUGCUGCUGCUGAUGGAUCUGCUGCUGUUUCUGCUGCUGGAAGCGGGAGAGCAGCAGCAGCAGCAGCAGAUCCAGCAGCAGCAGCAAAGCCAGUCGCAGACCCAGCAGAAGCAGCAGCAACAGCAGGAGCAGCAGCAGCAGCAGACCCAGCAGCAGCAGCAGCAGCAGACCCAGCAGCAGCAGCAGCAGAUGAAGAUGAUGAUGAAGAUGCUGAGUUUGAUGCGUUUAUAAAAAAUAAGUUGGGUGGCGUCUUCUUAACAGCAGACGAAGUGCAGCAGCUGCAGCAGCUGCAUGCGGGGAAGCAGCAGCAGCAGAUGCUGCAGCAGCUAACGCAGAAGCAGUUUGAGUUGUUAUAUCCAAAGGCUUUAGAGGCGCCAACUCUGUAG